AUGAGGAAGGAGAUAAUCAUCCGAAUGCAGCCGGAUUCCGACAAGGGCCGCAACAAGGCUCUGAAAGUGGCAGCUUCAGUCAGCGGGGUCGAGUCGGUGACGGUGACCGGCAGCGGCAAGGACCUGCUGCUGGUGAUCGGCGAUGCCAUAGACGCGGGCAAGCUGGCGAGGAAGCUCAAGGAGGAGGUCGGAGAGGCCGAGAUCUUGGAGCUGCGGACUCUGCCGGGCCGUGCCCACGACGCGCUGUCACGGGGCGCGUCGUCCAAGGACACCGUCGUCACCCUGUCCCCGUACCAGCGGCACCCCACUCUCGGCCAGAGCGUGCCCGGAGGCGGCCGGAUCGAGUGGCCGGUCGUCGCCGCCGCCCGGCGGUGGCCCGGCGAGCACGACAGGCAGGCAGUCAGCUACUACCACCGCACCCCCAGCCCGGGAUACUACCAGCACUAUGCGCCGUCGCCGAUGGCGGCGCAAGGCGGCUACGGCUACGGCUACGCGGGGGGCAGCAGCUUGUAUGCGCGCGAGGUGGCGCGCAGCCACCCGUACUAUUAG